UGGUGUUGUCAUCAUAUGAUUGUUGUCUGCCGGAUCGACCGUCGUUGACACCUGACACUCUGCCUCUCACUCUCUGCUGCUCUCCUCACAAAAAACUGCUACCAUGGCGCUCAGCGAUGCCGAUGUCCAAAAACAGAUCCAUCAUAUGAUGGCCUUCAUUGAACAAGAGGCCAAUGAGAAAGCUGAAGAAAUUGAUGCCCGGGCAGAAGAAGAAUUUACUAUUGAAAAGGGUCGGCUGGUGCAGCAGAAUCGUCUGAAGAUAAUUGAGUUUUAUGAGCGUAAGGAGAAGCAGGUUGAGCUUCAGAAAAAGAUUGGUGCCAGCAACUUAUUGAACAAGUCAAGGUUAGAAGUGCUGAAAGCCCAGGAAUCUCAUAUUAAAAAUGUCCUUCAUGAAGCACAACAGAAGCUGAAUAUCAUUUCUCAGGAUAAAGCAGCAUAUAGCAAACUGUUGGAGGACCUCCUCUGUCAGGGAUUGUGUCAGUUGUUGGAGCCCCAUCUGAUGGUGCGGUGUCGACGAGUUGACCAGGCCCUCGUUGAGCAGGCCAUUGUAAGAGCUCUUGAUUCAUACAAAUACCACUCUGGAAGAGAUGCUAAAUUGGAAAUUGACACUGCAAAUUGGCUCCCUGCUGAAAUCUGUGGAGGUAUUGAGCUGGUGACCCGUGGCAAUCGUAUUAAGAUCUCCAACACCCUUGAGGCACGUCUUGAAAUGUUGUCACAACAGUUGCUUCCAGAAAUCCGAGCAAUACUCUUUGGUUCAAACCCUAACCGCAAGUUUGACAACUAAGCAUAUAGUUUUUUCCUGCAUCGAGGAAUGACGUUAAAAUUGCUGGCUAUUGUGCAAAAUUCAGUGAAAGUAGUAAUAAAAUUAUUUGCAUAUGUGGGUGAAUAAUAACUACCACUAACUUAAGUAAACCUCCAGAUAUUGUAUAGUUUGAUAAGUUCCAUUUUUUUUUUUUUUUUUUGAAGGUACAGAAAAUUUCAUGCAAUGGCUUAAGUUGAUCGUGUUUUAAGUUGAUGAAGUGCGCUGCUUCAGGACUGCUAGCCAAGUUACUCAACAUGUAGUGUCAGUACAUGUAAUCCCAUAUAAAACAUUCCUCUUUUUUGUGAUUUAUGUAAAUAGUAAAUGGCUUUGUAACUAUUUAAUUACUUGUAUGCUGUAAUUAUCAGGUUCAUGACCAUGGGUUAACUAGACAUUUCUGUUAUGACUGAUGGUGGUCCUAUUUUCUUGUGUUUGGGCACUAUAUGUAAAGUGUUUUUCUCAAGUGUUAUUGGCAUCAUCAGUGUUUCACAAGUUGUCACUAUUCACUAUGUGAAUAGUGACCAUGUGACACUUCUGUAAAAUGUUAACUAGCUCAUGGAAACCUUGGAAUUGUGUAUAAGCAAUUUUUUUAUGGGUAUUUAUAGUUUAAAGCUUGUGACAACUUCAUUAAUGACUCAUGAAGAUUGUUUUAAAAUGUUCAUUUAGUCGUGGAAAUAAAGAACAUGAUGUGUU